AUGAUAAAGGAACACAGGCAGACGGGCGGCAGGGGCUGCGAGAGAAGCGAGGGCGGCCAAGAGGGCGCAGAUGUGUCCAGGCCCGCACGCCACCCCUCCGGCGCCGCGAUGGUUUACCCCCGGACCGCACCCCGCCCCGGCCCCGCUCCAGCCGCACCCUACCACCACCCUGAAUUCUUCCGGCUUCAACGCACGCCACGCUUCAACGCCCGCUACCGCCUGGCGUGCUACCACGUGGUGUCCUCCCGCUGCUGCAUCGCUUUCCGGGCCGCGGACGGUUCCUCCUGCUGUCACUUCCUGGCCAAGUCCUCCGGCACUGGCUCUCCCGACCAUGCGCAGGAAGGCUGGGCUCGCGGGACUCGCGGUUCGGCGUCCCUCCUUCGCCGGGGAGGGAGGCUGUCCCGGCCGGAGCAUCCCGGUCCCGGGAGCCCUGGACUUGCUGGAAGCGCACGCACGCUUGUCCCGGACUUGUGCAUAGACCUGGCCGCCUCCAGUGCCAACCUCAUCCCAAGGGUGACUGCCAUCCGGACCAGCCCAGACCUGCAGCGGCUGGUACGGCCCACUGAGGUGUUCUUGGCAGCCCCAUCACACAAGAUUCCCCCACCCAUACGGAGUUCUUCUGGCCUGGAUGGGGGUUAUCCCAUGAAGACCAUGGCAGGAGGCAGAACUCAGGGCGUUGGCAGGAAGGGCAAGGUGGAACAGGUGAGGAGUCGGUGGUCACCUUCUCUCUGUAGGGAGGGCUGGGGUGGCAACAUUGGAGGAGAUGGGGAGCACGUGGAUAGAAUGAGGCCACUGAUGGAAUUCACUACACAUCCUGAACUGGCAACCCUGGCUCAAAGCCCUUUCCAUCCCAAGUCAGACUCUGAUAGUUCCACCCCAAGAAAUAGCCUAAUAGUUUAUUCUUUAGUAGGUUCCUAUCAUGCUUGUAGACUGGGCUCUCCUUUCACUUGCUGAGGAUCUUGUAAAAAAGAAAAAUUUUCGUAUCUGUUUUAAUACUUUCGUUUGGUAUGUGUAUUUUCUAAACAAUGUCUUUUUAUGGUCAUAUAGUUGAUUUACAAUGUUGCGUUAGUUUCUGGUGUACUGAAUUGCUUUGCAGUACAUCUAUCAAAAUAUGAAAAAAUAUGUAAAAUAUAUACAUAUAUUUUACAAAAUUAUAUAUGUAAAACAUAUUCUUUCAGAUUCUUUUCCAUUCCAAGUUAUUACAGGAUAAUGAAUAUGGUUCACUAUGCUAUACAGUAAAUCCUAUUGUUUAUCUAUUUAUAUAUAGUGGUGUGUAUCUGUUAAUCCCAUACUCCUAACUUAUAUACAUCUUUAUCCAUUCAUCUAUAGAUGGACACUUGGGUUGGUUCCAUGCCCUUGUGAUUGUAUAUAGUGCUGCUAUGAACAUAGCAGUGCACUAUAUUUUCCAAUUAGUUUUCUCCAGAUGUAUGCCCAGGAGUGGGAUUGUUGGAUCAUAUGACAGCUCUUAUUUUUAGUUUUUUAAGGAACCUCCAUACUGUUCUCCACUGUGGCUGCACCAAUUUAAUUCCCACCAACAGUGUAGAAGGCUUCCGUUUUCUCCACACCCUCUCCAGCAUGUUAUUUGUAGACUUCUUGAUGAUGGCCAUUCUGACCAGUGUGACGUGGUACUUCAUUGUAGUUUUCAUCUGCAUUUCUCUAAUAAUUAGUGAUGUUGAGCAUCUUUUCAUGUGCCUGUUGGCCACCUAUGUACUGCCAGGGAAUUCCCAUUUUGUCCAUUUCUCGAUUGGGUUGUUUUUUGUUGUUAAUUUUUUUUGUUUUUUGUUUUUUUUAAUAAAUUUUAUUUUUGGCUGUGUUGGGUCUUUGUUGCUAAGCACAGGCUUUCUCUAGUUGUGGCGAGCAGAGGCUACUCUUCAUUGUGGUGCACAGGCUUCUCAUUGCACUGGCUUCUCUUUGUUUUGGAGCAUGGGCUCUAGGUGCAUGGGCUUCAGAAGUUGCAGCAUGCAGGCCCUACAGCACAGGCUCAGUAGUUGUAGGGCAUUCAUAUUUGAUUUGAUAUUAAUUUCUUCUGCUUUCUCUGGAUUUCUCUUUUCUUUUCCUAGUUUCUGAAGGUGGAAUCUGAGUUCCUUGAUUUGACACAUUUUUUUCUAUAAGUGUUAAAUGUGGGAUAAAUUUUCCCUAAAGUACUGCUUAAGAAAAUGCCAAUAGGACUUCCCUCGUGGUCCAGUGGUUAAGAAUCUGCCUGCCAAUGCAGGGGACACAGGUUCAAUCCCUGGUCCAGGAAGAUCCCACAUGUGGUGGAGCAACUAAGCACAUGUGCCACAACUACUGAGCCCACACCCUGCAACUACUGAAACCCAUGUGCUCUAGGACCCACGUGCCACAACUGAGCCCAUAUGCUGCAACUACCAAAGCCCUCAUGCCUAAAGCCUGUGUGUGCUCUGCAACAAGAAAAGCCACCACAACAAAGAGUACCCCCUGCUCGCUGCAACUAGAGAAAAGGCCACACACAGCCACAAGACCCAGCGCAGCCAAAAAUAAAUUUAAUAAAUUAAUUUUAAAAAGAAAGAGAAAAGAAAUCGUCAAUAAAAGGAAUGCUCUGGUGGUCUGGUGGUUAAGAAUCCGCCUUCCAAUGCAAAGGACGCAGGUCCAAUUCCUGGUCAGGGAACUAAGAUCCCACAUGCUGCAGGGCAACUAAGCCCAUGCACCUCAACUACUGAGCCCACAUGCUCUGGAGCCCAUGGGCCACAACUAGAGAAGCCUGUGCAACUAAGAGCCCAUGCACCACAAUGAAAAGAUCCUGCAUGCUGCAGUGAAUAUCCUGCUUGCCACAACUAAGAGCCAAUGUAGCCAAAUAAAUUAAAAACAAAAAAGAAAACCCCAAUAAACUGUUCCCCACCUGGGCUGCUCCAACCCAGCCACCCUUCCAAGGCACGCACCAGGGAGUACUCUUGGUCUGGGCCUGCUCCAGAACAAUAAGCAGCUGUCCUCCUUUUAUUCUAACACGAAUAUUUUAAUAAUCAAUCAAAGGUAUAGUAUUUCUAAUAGCUCUUUUAAAUAAAUUUAUUUAUUUUUAAUUUUGGCUGUGUUGGGUCUUCAUUGCUGCAGGCAGGCUUCCUAUAGUUGCAGCAAGUGGAAGUAACUCUUUGUUGUGGUGCUUGACCUGCUCAUUGUGGUGGCUUCUCUUGUUGCAGAGCACGGGCUCUAGGCAUGCAGGCUUCAGUAGUUGUGGCACAUGGGCUCAGUAGUCGUGGCUCAUGGGCUCUAGAGUGCAGGCUUAGUAGUUGUAGUACACGGGUUUAGUUGCUUCGCAGCAUGUGGGAUCUUCUUGGACCAGGGCAGGUGGAUUCUAAGCCACUGCACCACCAGGGAAGUCCCUCUAAUAACUCUUUGUAGAUGUUUAUAAGAUCAAGAAGGAUUGUUUCUAUCCUUAGUUUAAUAUCUAACUGUAAUAGCUAUGAAAAAUUCAGAAAUUGAAAAAAAUUUUUUAAAGUUUCCAUUCACUAUAUCAUUCUAUGUAGAAAAUACCUGGGGAUGUUUAAGUCAUACGAGACUUAUAAACAGAAAACUAAAAAACAUUGCUAACAAAAAUUAAUCUAAGAUCUAAAUAAAAGAAGCUAUCAUGUUUAUGAAUUGGGACACUCAGUAUGCCUUUCUAAAUUAAAGAUUAAAUGCAAUUCCAGUCAAAAUCCUAGUUGGUUUUUGGGAUGUUCAAAUUCACAAGUGGAUUCUAAAAUUCACAUGGAAAGGCAAAGGACUAAGAAUGGCCAUAACAACUUUGAAAAAGAAAGUCCAAGGAGUACAUGACCUUGAUUUCAAGGCAUAUUAAAACAACAAAUUAUUCAACACAUGAAAGGAUUGACAUAAAUAAAGUAGAUAAAUGCAACAGAAGAUAAAGUUCAGAAGUAAACAUAUACAUAUGAUUGACCCUCAAUGAGGAUACAAAAGCAAUUCAGUGGAGAAGGUAUUUAAGUCAGUAUCACUGCAGCAACUGGGUAUCCAUAUUUUAAAAAGAACUUCCAAAAAUGAACUAAAUAUGAAUCAUUUACAUCAAUUAAAAAAACUAAACUUUAAAGUUUCAGAAGGAAACAUAGAAAAACUUCUGUCUUUAAAUUUGGGAAACAUUUUUCAUUUAUUGAUAGAACACCAAAAGCAUAAGCAGUAAAAGAAUAAAUGCACAAGUAAGACUCCAUUAAAGCUGAAAACUUUUUCUCUGGAAAAGCUACUGAAACGAGAAGACCAAUUCUGGAUGAAAAUAAUGUCAGAUAUUUCCAUUAGAGAACCUUAAUCAAUAAUCCAUGAAGAAAUGUCAAAACUCAGUAAUUAAGAUGACAAAUCAUAUAAACAGAAAUUUCAAAAAACUAUGAAUGAAAUUAUCACAUGAAAAACCACUCAACAUCAUGUCAAUAGGGAAAUACUAGUUAAAAUCACUAGAUACCACUAUACACCUCUUACAUCACUGAAGUUAGAAAGCCUGACCAUACCAAGUGUUGAUAAGAAUGUAAAGAACAGGAACUCACGUUCUGGUGCUUCUGGUAAGACUGUAACAGGAUACUACCAGUCUACGAAAGUUUGGCUCCACGUAAGUUAAAUUUUCACUUACUCUAUGACACCUACUCUAUAUGCUGCUAGAUAUUAACUCAAGUGAAGGAAAGCUUAAGUCUGGAGGGCAUUUCUCCAGUGUGAACUUUCUUGUUUUUUAUGAGCCUGGAGCUGCCUGCAAAGAACUACACUCAAGGUUUUCCUCUAGUAUGGAUUCCCUGGUGGGCAAUAAGACCUCUUCUAUAGACAAAGGCUUCUCCACAUUCACUGCACAUAUAAGGCCUUUCUCCAGUGUGGAUUCUCUGGUGGACAACAAGACUUCUUCUGUAGACAAAGCCUUCCCCACAUUUAUUGCAUGUGUGAGGCCUUUCUCCAGUGUGGAUUCUCUGGUGCUCAAGAAGACUUGUUUUGUAACUGAAAGGCUUGCCACAUUCAUUGCAAUUAAAAGGCUUUUCUCCAGUGUGGACAGUUUGGUGCCGAACAAGUGAAUACUUGAGCUUGAAGGCUUUCCCACACUGAUUACACUCAUAGGGUUUUUCUCCAGUGUGGA